UUAUUAUUAUUAGAGUUCCUUUUCUCUACUUGGCAGUUGGCAAUGGCUUCCGAGUUUGCAAGCAUGUUGUGUGGUGUUUCCUCCUCGGAAUGACGGUGGCAGAUGCUAUCACAAUACUCAAGUCCUUUUGUUCCCAUGCCCAUGAGCUUCAAUAACCUUUCUUCUCUCUCUCUUCUUCUACAAGAAAGAAGAGCCUUCAAUUCAUAUUCCCAGGAUUUUGUAAGUUCAAUGAUUUCUGAAUGAAGGCUCAUCCGUACAUGAAGAGUGAUAUCGAAGUGUUGGAUAAGCUUUGUUUACUUAAUAUACGUUCAAGAUGUGGGUCUAAAAAUUUAAUAUAACCGUGAACUUUUGUUGCUCAUCCUCCAACUGAAUGCUUACAAGUUUUUGAAACGAGUAGCAACAAAGAGACUAUCUUCCCUCUAACUUGUUUGAUUUUGAUAAAAAUAUGGCAUCAACUUUGAUCUCUCGUGCUUCACGUAGGUUUCUCAAAUAUUCUUUCCCUUCUUCAGGCCUCGCAAUACAAUAUCCUUCCCCUUCCGUCUUCAAUCCUUUAAUCUCCACUGAACCAUCUAUAAGCAUAAACCACAACUUCUAUCCUUCGCUCGGUCCAUUUGGGCAAUACCACCAUCAGGAUUCUGAAUUUGAAUCUUUUAAAACUGUUCGAUCUCUCUCAAAUUUUCAGUUUGUUCAGCAUAUCUCUACAUCACCUUCAAGUUUAAAAGAGGGAUCUGAGGGAAAUAAGAAUCAAAGUGGUAAUGUGGGUAAAGCAAAUAUCUCUUGGAUUGAUUUAUACUUGCCUAAGCAGGUUCAGCCCUAUGCACAGCUUGCUCGCCUAGAUAAGCCCAUUGGGACAUGGUUGCUUCUAUGGCCUUGUAUGUGGUCAAUUACGUUGGCUGCAACUCCAGGACAGCUGCCUGAUUUUAAAAUGUUGGCAUUGUUUGGAUGUGGGGCUUUGCUUUUGAGGGGUGCUGGGUGUACUAUUAAUGACCUCCUUGAUCGCGACAUUGAUACAAAAGUAGAACGUACAAAGUCAAGACCUGUGGCAAGUGGUCUUUUAACGCCAUUUCAGGGACUUUGUUUUCUUGGUUUUCAGUUAACUUUGGGUCUUGGGAUUCUUCUGCAAUUGAAUAAUUAUAGCCGUGUUCUGGGUGCCUCAUCUUUGUUGCUUGUCUUCUCUUAUCCCCUUAUGAAGAGGUUUACAUUUUGGCCUCAAGCCUAUCUCGGGUUGACCUUUAAUUGGGGCGCUUUGUUAGGAUGGACAGCAAUUAGAGGAAGUCUAGAUCCAACAAUAGUGCUGCGGCUUUAUGCCUCUGGAGUUUUUUGGACACUUGUUUAUGAUACAAUCUAUGCUCACCAGGAUAAAGAAGAUGACCUAAAAGUGGGAGUUAAGUCAACGGCUUUGCGCUUUGGUGAUUUUACAAAGGAGUGGAUUACUGGGUUUGGGAUUGCAUGCCUUGGUGGUCUUGCUCUCAGUGGCUAUAAUGCUGAAAUAGGAUGGCCAUAUUAUGCAUUUCUGGCAGCUGCGUCUGGACAACUAGGCUGGCAAAUAUGGAUAGUUGACCUCUCAUCACGUGCUGAUUGCAAUAGCAAAUUUAAUUCAAACAAGUGGUUUGGAGCUAUCAUAUUUGGUGGAAUCCUAGCUGGAAAACUUGUAUCAUAGGGGGCAUUUUUCAUGAAGGAAAAAUUACUCAUCAUAAAACCAAAAAUUCAACUGACGAGAGACAAGGUUGAAUGUCAUUUGAAGGUACAUGGUUUCUUGGUAUUCAUGUUGCAAUUUUAGUAGUCUGAAAUCUUAAACCAAUGGUGUGCCAAUCUAAGGAGUAAGUCUAUGAUCCUAAGAUCAGAUCAUUCUAAGCAUCUUGCAUUUUUAAUUUGGUGGAUUAUGAAGCUUCCUCUUGGUGAUUUAUCUGUGUAGGACACUAGUUUAGCAGCUGAAAUCAUACUUAGGAUAUAUUUGUAAAACUGAAGUAAAAAUUUUCAUGGAUGAAUUUGAUAUGUGAAAUUGCACAUGGAGUUCAUCCUUGAAAAUUCCACCCCAUUUUUACUUACAAUUGAACAUACUCUUCAGGUGUGUUUGUCUGUUGAGAGAAAGGAAGGGAAGAGAACGGUUCGAAGGAUAGAAUGGAGUUAUAUCAAGUUCCUCUAUCCUCUCUUUCUCUUCAAAAUCUCAACUCACAAACGCACUAUUAGUGAGAAGAAGGAGGAGGAAGAGAAAAUGCUAGGACAUUCAAGUUCAACUGCCAAGACUAAUUAUCAAAGGCAGAGAAAAAUUUGUGACCAACUUAUUUACACUUUGUGAUCACCUGAACUGAAAGGUUAGAACACAUGAUGCUGUAAAAGGCUCAACUAUGCAGAAGAAGAAUAUCCUAUGAGACAGAAUAUUUCCUAUUCCUACCAGUUUUUCCCUCUGAAGCCCUAGACUUCCUACUUGAUUUUUGGCACUUUCUGCCACCUUGACUGCUGAAAAUCCCAAUUCUCCCUAUCCCUUUGGAGAGGGAGGUCAAGAAUGUUCUUCCAUUUCCUGCUUUAUCAAUCAUGCCUUGUUUCAUGAACAUCUGCUCUUUCUCUAACUCACUUAGCCUCACCCUCAUCCUCGAAAUCUCAAGCUUCAGCUCCCGGUUCUCUCUCCGCAGAGAAGCGUAGUUAUCUCUUGGGGACAUAGCAGCACUUGGAAUGCCACUGCUUAUUUUCUGUGACAAUAGACCAU